AUGCGCGCGCCCUGGGCGCUGCUCCUCACCGCGGCGCCGCUAGUGGCAGAGGACCGGGAUGGCUGGAGCAUCGAAGCCUGUCCGCCCAUGCCGACAUCGCUCGAGACGGCGCUGGAGACGCUGACGUGCAUCCACAGCAUGCAGCGGGCAGCGCUAAACUACUUCAUCCGCCAGUGGUACCAGCAGAUCGAGAGCCUUGCCCUGCUCGCCGGCCGCUGCGCCGCGACUGAGCGCGUGAAGGCGGUGCUGCGGAUCCUGGACCUGGUGGACCGGGUUCUGUGCAUGGUGAAGAUGGAUCCCUGCUUCGAGCCUCGGGACAGGUACAACAGCGCGUUGCAGCACACCUGCGCAAAGCUCGCAGAGACUGGACUGAUCACGUGCAACGAGAUGCAGGACCUCCGGGUGGUGCCGAGGGACUUCUUUGCAACCUUGGAAUCUGCCAUCUCCGGCUGCCCGAUCAAGGACGACCCGUUUUGGGCGGCCUUGCAGCAGCCUCGAGGGGUGGCGUGGACUUUGGGAGCCCAUCACGCCCACAAAUCGUGUGAUGAUGAGGGCCCAGAUCUCGCGUCGAACCUGAUCUGCGGCGGCUGGGCCGGCAUUCUGCUCGAAGGUCACGCAAGCCGGAACGCCAAACUCCGCGACCACUUCCGAGACCGCCGCGACGUCGUCCUGCUGUCACAGCUGGCGGAGCCACACUCAUUAGGCGCCAUGCUUCAGGAUGCCACGUGGAACAACCCGGUCUUGCGCGGCCAGGAGGUGGACCUGUUGCAGAUCACCCUGUCCAUCAACGACUGCGGGAUGCUCACAGCCCUGCUCUCAAGUGGAGCGCGACCCCGUUUUCUGCGAGCCAUUUUUUGGCACCCGAUCCCUCCGCCGAUCGUGUACCAACCAGGCUCCCAGCGCACGCUUGGCGACUGGUACGAGGACGUCUUCGAGCUGACAGGAGAGACGUGUUCUUUGCAGGCCGUCGUCGACGCGGUGCAUGAUCACUAUGGCUUGUGGGCCCUCGAUUUACGUGACUGCGACAAGGCCAACUUUGUGCGCCGCGAUGUGGCCGCCGAGUUGGGCUUGGAACUGGUUGAGGAGGGCUUGGAAGACGCGUGGUACCAGAGGUAUGCUGACAGCGAGUGCUUGCUGAACAGCCACGUCUUCGACACGCUGCUCAUCGACCCGAGGCUCAUGCUGGAUCGGCACCUUCCAGUGGCGGAGAAGAUGGCACUCUGGGAGGCGCAUCUCAAAACCAUCGGGCGGAGCGGCGUGGUGUCGGCGGAAAACAAGAUUCUGGAGGUCCAGGUGGAUGAGCCCCCCCUGCGUUUGUCAACCGACCAGCCCGGGCGUGAAGUCUCCGAUCACAUGAUGCCCUUCGCGGAUGAAAGCCAAAAGGAAACGAACCAAACGAGUGCUAUUUCCACGAACAUUUUCGUCUGUGCAGCGGUUUUCUGGGUGUCCUGUGGUGUGCGGCAAGAGCUCAUCAACAGCUACGGCGCCUUCUCAUUGUCGGGCGCAGAAGGGGGGCAAGCAAAUCUGACGAUGUGGUUCAAGCGUGAGGCCUAUCACGGCGUGCCCAUCAUGGUCAAUCUCUGGAACAACGCUCGCAUGCGGCUGUUGGGCUUCAACGACAGCAAGGUCCAGGUUUGGAACCAUCCGCUGCCCAAGACCCAGCAGCUCGUGCAGGAAGAGAUGUCCGGAGGAAACCAGGUGGUCACGGACCUGUUCGUGGCUCUGACCAUCAUCCUGGCCAUGGGAUUCAUCCCAGCGAGCUUUGUGGUGUAUUUGGUGCAUGAGAAAGCCUCGAACGGCAAGCACCAGCAGCUGCUCACCGGCAUCUCGCCCGUGAUGUACUGGUUUUCGAACUAUUGCUGGGAUUUUGUGAACUACCUGGUGCCUUUGGUCGUUUGCAUCAUCAUCUUUGCGGCCUUCCAGGCCAUGGCAUAUUCAGGAGCAAACCUUCCGGCGAUCAUCGUGCUCCUGCUCUUCUACGGCCUGUGCAUGACCCCUCUGAUGUAUUGCACCGAGCCCCUGUUUGCGGUUCCCUCGACGGCUUACGUGACCCUGAUCUGCGUGAACAUCUUCACCGGCACAAUCUCCACGUUGGCGAUCUUGACUCUGGAGACGUUCGUGGAGGAGCUUCCUACGCUCGAGCCCAUCCUCGACUUCGGCCAGACCGUGUUCCCGUGGACGCUGCCGAACUACUGCCUUGGCCGGAGCUUGAUGGACAUUGCGAUCAACCACUAUGCCAACUUUGCCUAUACUGAGUUUGGUGCAUGUGUCCACAACAAUGGGUCGGUGUGCUUCAAAGAUCCCCUGAGCUGGGACGUUUGCGGCCACUACAUCUUCAACUUGGCACUGAUGGCGCCUGUGUGGUUCCUUGUGCGGCUCCUGAUCGAAUGGGGCUGCUUCUUGCGCGGCUUCAAAGCCAGGCGGUUGGCCCGGCUGCUGCAGAGCGCUAGCCCUGACCAAGCCGCACCGCAGAUUGAGGACGAGGCCGUCGUGGCUGAGCGCCUCAGGGUGGAGUCGUCUAGCCUCUCCUCCAAGGCGGGGCUCGGAGACAGCCUGAUCCUCGACAACUUGGAGAAAUGCUUCGCGCGCACCUCCUGCAUGCGGCGCGCAGUGACGCACCGCGCCGUUCGCGGCAUCAGCGUCGGUGUUCCGCCCGGGGAGUGCUUUGGGCUCUUGGGCGUGAACGGCGCGGGGAAGACGACGACCAUGCGCAUGAUCACAGGAGACACCGAGGUGACCAACGGCGACAUCCGUGUCGGUGGGGCCAGCGUGCAGAACAACCGGGAUGCGGCGCGGCGGAGACUGGGCUACUGCCCGCAGUUUGAUGCCUUGCCUGACAAGCUGACGGUGCGCGAGACCCUGUCCCUCUACGCCUGGAUACGUGGCGUGCCACGGAACGAGGUGCAACAGGUCACCGAGACGAUGGUGCAGAAGAUGUGCUUGGAGGCACACCAGCACAACCUGUGCGAGUACUUAUCCGGCGGCAACAAGCGAAAGCUGUCAACGGCCCUUGCUCUUAUCGGAGAGCCAGAUGUGGUCCUCCUCGAUGAGCCCUCUACAGGCGUCGAUGUUGGCGCCCGACGAUUUCUCUGGGAGAUCAUCGGCGACAUCCGCCUGAACGGCCACGCUGUCGUGCUAACGAGCCACUCAAUGGAGGAAUGCGAGGUGCUCUGCACACGCCUCACGAUCAUGGUGCACGGUCAGUUCCGCUGCCUGGGAAGCCCGGUGGAGCUGAAGGCCAGAUAUGGUGGUGGCUACAGUCUGGCGGUCAAAAGCCUUCCGGGCCAGGAGGCUGGCGGCCGCAGCACGGAUCAAAACAUGGCUCAGAUCCGGGAGUUCGUCCGCGGCAAGGUGCCCUGGGCCCGGCUGGCCGAGAUUAGCGUCGGCCUGCUGCGAUAUCGCCUGAAAGGCACCCAGACAGACCACGGGGAGGAGCUUCCCCUGGCAGAGAUCUUCCGCCUUUUCGAGGAGGCCUCGAACACCGGCGGGGUGCUCGAAGGAUACCUCUCCGACUACUCCAUCUCGCAGACCUCCCUUGAAGAGGUGUUCCUGCACUUUUCUCGGGAGGCAGGCGUCAUCGAGGAUCCCGAGAUCCAGAUGAUGGAGGUGGACGAUGCAAGCCCGCUGCCUCCUGUGCCUGAGGCGGCGCAAGCUCCCGAGGCGGAUGAAGACCCCAUGACCAUGGACGACCGGGACAUCAUCCCACUGUCACGCCUCACGCCCCCGAACCUCAAAGAGAAGCCCGAUCCUGCCAACUGA